UAUGUAUUUAAAUAUUUUCAGAAAGGUGUUUCAAGGAAGUGGGAAAUGGUACUGGGUCAUGAUAGUGCUGCUUGUGUGCUUUAUCAUAAAAAUAAAAAAUCCUUCCUCUUUGUCAGACAGUUUAGACCAGCUGUAUUUGUCGCUAAAAUUAGAUCGAUGCCUGAAAACAUAAACAAAUCGCUGAAAGAAAUAAAUUGGACAACAUACCCAAUAAAUAUUGGUAAAACAAUUGAACUGUGUGCUGGUAUCAUUGAUAAACCAAAUCUUGAUGCAAAAAGACACAUCCACGAAGAAAUUAUUGAAGAAUGUGGCUACAAUGUUCCAAUUGAUAGUAUAAAACAUAUCAAGAAACUUAUAGCAGGCGUUGGUUCAUCGGGUAGUCAACAAGAUAUAUUUUUUGCGGAAAUUGAUGAAUCGAUGAGGGUUAGUGACGGUGGCGGAAUUGGCGAAGAAAGUAUUGAAAAGGUAUUUCUAUGCUGUGAAGCUUUCUAUUUUUUUUGA